AUGGCAUCUCUCAACCUGUCAACCAACGGGCCUUCGAUCAAGAGGAGCUACCAAUCCAUCGUCGACGGACCAGCNCCCUCCGCCAACUCGCCCACCUACGCUCAAUGGGCUGUAUACUCGGUCCAGGCUCCNCUCACAAGCGCCUUUCAGCAAGACUCGAGCAAGGAGAGCGUACUCAAGGUCCAGACUACCGGAGAGGGCGAGCUCGAUGAGCUCCUCGAAGAGUUCUCGGACGGUCGCAUCCAAUUCGCCUUUGCCAAGCUGAAGGACCCCAACUCUGGCCUCCCCAAGUGCGUCCUGAUCUCGUGGUGUGGUGAGGGCGUUCCCGAGAGGACAAAGGGCUACUUCAACACACACCGCGGCGCUGUUUCCAAACUCCUCCACGGCUACCACGUCGAGAUCACUGCGCGUUCCGAUAGCCACCUCAGCCCCGAGAGCAUCAUCGAGAAAGUGUCCAACGCAUCAGGCGCCAAGUACGGCGGCGGUUCCUCAACCUCGGACAAAGGCGCCUCGGCCUCGCGCGGCCCUCCCCCACCAGCUGCCACCAAGCCCGUCUUCAUGCCCACUCGUACCGGCGGCUCUCUUCUUGCCUCGCGAUCCAAGCCCGCAGCCCCCACAUCUACCGACAAUGACGGCUGGGGCGAGGAUGCGCCUCAAUUGUCUCGCAACACUCUUGAGAAGGUGGAAUCUGCAUACAAGCCUACAAAGGUCAACAUGGCCGAACUCACCAGCCAGAAGCAACAGCCCUCGCGCUUCCAACCUCCCUCAAGGCAGGAGAAUGGUGGUCCUAGCGACAUCGUCAGAGGCGGUUACCAACCAAUCGGCAAGGUCGAUAUCAACGCCAUCCGCAGCCAAGCACGCGAACAGAAGGAUGACAGGCCCACUAUCGUGAAGGGAGCUUACGAGCCCGUCGGUAAGGUCGACAUUGCCGCUAUCCGCGCAAAGGCUCAAGGUGCCCCAACGCCUGCUGCUGCUCCUGCCCCUAUGAGCCAAUCCCGCACAGGAGACGACGAGGAUCAAGCACCCAAAUCCCUGGCUGAUCGCUCUGCUGCCUUCACCCAGUCUAGCCAGUCUGGACGUCUGAGUGAGAUGCCUAAGCCCAAGGUCGCCAACCGUUUCGGCUCUGCGACAAGCUCUUUUGCCGGCACAAAGGCUCCCACUCCUGUUGGAUUCGGUGUGCCACCACCAGCUGCCUCUGCUCCCAUUGGUGCUGCUAGUAAGAACUUUGCCAGCACAGAUGGCAAGUCACCCGCUCAGCUAUGGGCUGAAAAGAAGGCCCGCGAGCGUGGUCUCAGUGGCGCUGGCGAGACUGCUCCUCCUCCGUCGGGCGCUGCUGCUGCUUCGCCCAUGCAGAGCCAGCCUAGUGGAGGAUGGCAGAGCGGGUACUCUGGCAAGUCCUGGGCCCCUGUCUCGACUGACCGCACAGGUGCUAGCAACAUCAGCGCUCAAAAGACUGGCCAGGACGAUGUCAGAUCACCCGAGCGCGAGACAGAGCCCGAGCUUCCAUCCGGCGGUGUCAGCGCUCUCAAGGACCGUUUCAAGAACGCUGCUCCCAUGGGUGCUUCCAACGUUGGUGAUGACUCUCCCGCGCCUUCUAUGCCUCCUCCGAUGGACUUCUCUAGCAAACCUAACGCUGGUCUUGCUAGCCGCUCCGUACCCCUCCUCCCCAAGAGGGAGAUGAUGACGAAAGACCUGAGGAAGAGCAUGUCAGCCUUCCCCCUCCCCCCUGCUCAACCUCGCAGCCCCACACCUUCUCCUCCUAGCUCUCCUAUUCGUGUCGCUAUGCCUGUGUCCCGUAGUGCACCUGUGGAGCCCAUGGAAGCUCCAGAAGAGCGUUUCGAUCCUCCNCCUAUGCCAACACAGUCCAUGUCUAACGCUGCUUCGGCCGCCGCGUCGCACAUGCGCGACGAGCCUGAGGACGAAGAAGACCAUGCUCGUGCUGCAGCUGAAGAAGCUUCAGCCACUACCUUUGGUGCAAGUGCUGCUGCCAACGCCAACCCUGGAGCCGAUGUUGCUGGCAAGCGUGCACUUGUCCAAUAUGACUACGAAAAGGCCGAAGACAAUGAGAUUGAACUUCGCGAAGGCGAGUAUGUCGAAAACAUCGAGAUGGUUGACGAGGACUGGUGGAUGGGACAGAACUCGCAGGGCGAGACCGGCUUGUUCCCAUCAAACUAUGUCGAGCUGGUGGAAGAUGACGACGCUGCUGCUGGCGGCGCCGCUCCACCACCUCCUGCUCCUGCUCGCGACGAGCCUGCUGCCACACAUACUUCUGCUCCCGCAGCUGCUGGUGGACAAACCGCCACAGCACAAUACGACUACGAGGCUGCCGAAGACAACGAGCUCAGUUUCCCCGAUGGCGCAAAGAUCACCGAUGUGGACUGGUGGUUCGGCCACUACAACGGUCAGCAAGGUCUCUUCCCUGCAAACUACGUCGAGCUGGACCAGUAG